AUGAUCGCCGCCACCACUAGUCGCAGUGGUAGUAGUAGUGGCAAUUAUUCUCAAUCGAUGACAAUGACAACCACUCUUUCUACACAUUCAUUGCUAAUUUCGACUUACUUUAAGAAAAAUUCAAAUUCGGAUAUUUCUAAAAAGAGUGUAUCCAUCGAUCCGUCGAACAUGUCAUCAUCCUCACAUGUGUCCAAUGUUUCGAGUGGCUAUACUGCUCUUCCCUCUCUCACCACCAUUGAUUUGUACAAAGAUUUUGGAAUUCAAGUUUCAAGUCGAAAAUACAAUGGAAGAACUGAUCGAUCUGUUUAUGUUAAAAAAGUUUCAUGUGGUGAAGGAUUUACCUUUAUCUUGUUAAGUGAUAAUCGAGUGUUUUCCAGAGGAGCCAAUCGAUAUGGUCAAUUGGGACUGGGUCAUCGAAAUAAUAUUAGCGCCACUGAGGAUGGAUUUCAUCACGUGACAGCCAUUCCUGAUACAAUUCUUGAUAUUCAGGGUGGUGCUGAUUUUACCUUAUUUUUCAAAACAAAAAGUUCAGACAUUUAUGGGUGUGGCAGUAACUCUUUUGGCAAACUUGGAAUUGGAUUGAAAGAUAAUUCAACAGUCAUUGUUCCGAAACGAGUGAAAUCAGCAGCAUUUAAUUUUAGAAAAAUUGAAAGUAUUGCAUGUGGACUGCAUCAUGUCAUUUACAUUACUGAGGAUCGAGAGGUUGUUGUCUGUGGUUGCAACUUUAAAUAG